AUGUCUCAAACUCCAUCCAAAAUCCUCGUCGUUGGCGCAGGUGUGCUCGGUCUCAGCACCGCAUGUGCCCUCGUCCAACGCACCAAAUACUCCCAGUCCAGCAUCACCGUCUUGGAUGCGGCGUCAGAGAUCCCCAAUAGCGUCGGCGCAUCCGUCGACACGAGCCGUAUUCUGCGAGCCGACUAUGCUCUUAAGCCAUACACUAAACUCGUUUCCGAGUCGCAAAAACUGUGGAAAGACCAGUCCGUCGAUGGCUGGGGCGGAGAGGGACGUUACCAUGAUGCAAGGCUAGUGUUAACAGCCCAACCAGGCACCGAAGGCCACGUGGAUGGCUAUUUGGAAGAGAGUCUCGAAAACAUCAAGGAGCUGGCAAGGUCCGGAAACUGUGCAUUCGAUGUUCAGAGACUGAGGGAAUUGCCCGAUCGCGAAGCCAUCGCCCGAGAAACCCGCUCCGGCGGAGCCAGUGGGGACUUUGGCUACGUGAAUGAAAGAUGCGGCUGGGCAGAUGCUGAGAAGUGCGUGCGAUAUGCGGUCAGGACUCUUCAGCGUCGAGGUGGCGAUCGGGUUAGCAUUAGGGCUAACGCCGGAGUGCGCCGAUUGCUCUACGAACGGUCUGAUGGACCUGGACCUGCUAGAUGUAUUGGCGUUGAGUUGCGUGAUGGCUCUCAGGUUUUGGCGGACCUGGUUGUUCUUGCGGCCGGCGCAUGGACGCCGUCUCUCGUCGAUCUCGAAGGCAGAGCGGCGGCCACUGGCCAGGUACUCGCGUACUUGCCCGUCACUGAGGAAGAGGAAAGAGAACUAGGGUCUACCACGCCACUCUAUUUCAACGUGAGCCGCGGAAUGUUCAUGGUGCCCCCUCAUAAUAAGGAAUUGAAGGUAGGCCGGCACGGCUUCGGAUAUCAGAAUCCCACAAAGGUGUCCAUCCCGGUGCCAACUCCAUCAGGGGAUAUCCAAUUUGUCGAAAAGAUGGUCAGCGUGCCGCGAACUGACCUGCCCAUCCCGUCCGAGGCGGAAAAGGCAUGCAAGGACUUUCUGGUGGAGCUGUUCCCGAAUUGGCGCAGCCGACAAUUCUCCAAGACACGAGUCUGCUGGUAUUGCGAUACACCAACAGGUGACUAUAUCAUUGACUACGACCCACGAGCUACUGGGCUUUUUCUAGCUACAGGUGACAGUGGUCAUGCUUUCAAGGUCUUCCCGAUCAUUGGAGAGAAGGUAGUGGAUGCCAUUGAGGGCAAUUUAGAGUCGGAGUUACGAGAGCUAUGGAACUGGAAGAGCGACGCACCCUCGACCUUCCUGGGAACGAAUGAUGGCACAAGGGGAGGUAGAAGGGGUAUGGUUCUGGAAACCGAGACCCAUAAAAGCGCUCCUCAAGGCCGAGAAUACCGCCUUUAA